AUGACUGUUAAAUCGAACAACCUAAAAUAUUACGGAAUGAACGGAGAAAUCUCAAACAAAUGUGGGGACAAAGACGAUGUCGAAACAGACACGGAUAAUGCUGACGGCACGUUAUGUGGAUGGUUUCAUAUACGACCGACGUGGUUGCAGUAUUUCAAUACCGCAUCUUGGUUGGCAGCGACGCUGGGGGUGUUAAUGUUCGUGCAGGGACUAGCUAUCAAUGGAUUUGUGUACAUUAAUAUAUCUACCAUCGAGACGCGGUACAAUUUGUCGAGUACAGCCACGGGUGUGAUAGUCAGUAGUUACGAUGUCACCGUGAGUGUUCUUAUAGUGUUUGUUUCAUACUUUGGAGCGACGCGAAACAAACCCCUCAUACUAGGGUCAGGUGCUGUUAUCAUGGGACUCGGUUCGCUUGUCUGGGCAUUACCGCAAUUCACGACGGGGUUAUACGAAUACGACAGCGGACAUGAAGGAGACGGUUUGUGCCACCUUGACGGAAACAGCACAGAUGCGACCGAUUGUACCAAAGAACAAGAAACAUUGUCCUAUUAUUUCUUCGUGUUUGUAUUUGCUCAGAUAUUAUACGGCAUUGGCGCCUCUCCCAUCUAUACUGUCGGCUAUGCGUACAUUGACGAGAACACCACACACGCCAAGUCAGCUUGGUAUAUGGCGUUAUUGAGUGCUUGUUCAGUAUUUGGUCCCACUACCGGAUUUCUUCUCGGUGCUGUGUUUCUCACAAUUUACGUAGACGUAGGAUAUCAGGACAGUGUAACCAUAACAUCAUCAGAUCCAAGUUGGGUUGGCGCCUGGUGGAUCGGAUUUCUCAUUGCUUGGGUGCUGGCAUGGCUGAUAGCGCCACCAAUGGCGGCAUUCCCACCGGAACUACCAGGGGCACGCGCUUUUCAACAUGAACGUGGCUCCGAGGCCCACUAUAAUGAAGACAGCGAAUUACUGAAGACGAGGGCAGAUUUUGGACGAGGAUGGAAGGACUUGUGGCCAGCCACGAAAAUGCUUUUCAAGAACCCAUUCUACGUAUUCACUACAAUCUCUAAAUGUGCCAUGGCUUUCGUCGUUGGUGGCCUUCUACCAUUCAUAACCAAAUUCAUCGAGAACCAAUUUGGACUGACGUCAUCGGAAGCUGCCCUUGUUCUUGCUGUGACAGCACUGCCCGGAGCUGCUGGUGGAACCUUAUUUGGUGGUUGGUUUGUAAAGAAGGCCCGACUAACUGUUAGAGGAAUCGGAAUACAGUGUUUCUUGGUCACAGCGAUUGCGAUCUGUCUGGUGCCCGUCUUUCUACUGCAAUGCCCCCAGCAGAGCAUCGCCGGUGUCACUGCGUCCUACAACGUAUCGGACUCGAGUCCAGUGACAGAAGUCAAUAUUGAAAACGCCUGUAACAUUGACUGUGGUUGUCACGGAACAGAAACGUACGACCCAAUAUGCGGGGAGAAUGAUAUGGUAUAUUUCGACUCUUGUCAUGCCGGUUGUAUGGACACAUCUGACGACGGAGAGGUGUAUUAUAACUGCACUUGUAUCGAUACUGGUGAUGGUUCAAGUUCGUCACAAGCUGUUUCAGGGACGUGUAGCGUAUAUUGCUGGCAGCUACUUGCGUUCGCACUUGGCUUCUUCGUAAUCCUCUUCCUGGGAUUUUCAUUGUAUGCUCCAAUGUCGUUAUUAGCUCUGAGGUGUGUCCCCUACCAGCAGAGGGCGCAUGCGCUGGGUAUAUCAUCGAUAUUGUACCGAUGUUUAGGAUCCGUCCCAGGACCAAUCGUCUUCGGUGCUGUUAUAGACAGUUCAUGUCUUGUAUGGCAGGAACAGUGCGGGAAAACCGGCUCCUGUUGGAUCUAUGAUAACCAUAUGUUUGCAGUCAAAAUCGUUGUUCUUAGUGCCAUAGGGUGUGGCAUCGCAUCACUCGCGUACGCUCUUGCUGUGUGCACAUAUAGGCCGCCUCCCGAUACAGAGAUAGAGACAGAGACAGAGACAGAAGAUGAUAGUCGAUGUGAAUGA